GGUGAUCACUCUGGUGUAGAAGGCCGCGUUGUUAACUAUACUGAGGAAAUGAAGGGAUGGAGAUAGUUGUUAAUAGGAUAAGGGGCCCGCAUCCGGAGCACUAGCCCCUGCAAACAGACAGCUUUGCACUAAUUACUUACAUCAUAUCUCAUUAAGACUUUUCCAGUCGCUCUCUCAGCGUAUUUUGUCUAGUAGUAUACACGCUUCAGUUGUAAUUACACCCAGCACAAACUUACGGAAUAACUACACACGCUCCUGUCGACCAGACGACCGAUAGGCAUACACCCUCACGUGACACCUGUGGAAUAGGAAAAGUACACACACGUCCAAACCACCCAAUGGCAACCGACAGACAAGUUACCAUAAAACCGUGGAAUAUAUCUGAAUUCUGGACACGUGAAGUAUCGGAAGUUCGCGUUGACCGUCGGCUCGUCUAUCAAAGCUUUAAUAAUUGAUUAUUCACUGCGGUGCUACGAUGAUCAAUCAUUCCAAACCAAAAUAUACUGGAAUAAUAACUAUAUUCAGUGUUAGGUCUAUAGCUGGAUAACUCGAAACUACCAAACAACCGACGGACAUCAGUUUCGAGUAUGGCUACUUCGCUUUUCGGAGGCGGAAGGAUGUCCUCUUCAUCGAGGUCUCGGCAUGGUCUUAAAGUCGGGCUGGUGGUCAUCUUGGUGGUCGGGUUGGCACCCAUACUCAUAUCGUUGAAUUCAGGAUCGGCAUCAUCUUCCUCGUCGUCAUCGUCGGCGGCAAUGGGAGGACAUGGAAUGGGGCCGAUGGGUGCUUGGGGGAUGAGGGAUGACAGCGGGAAGACGAGGGAGAAAGGGAUGGAUGCAGUCAUUGCAGAGCAGAAAGGAGGGAGUAUGGUAACACUGGAGAAAAACAAGGACAUACAGGGUAAUAACCGCCAUCUCAACACCAACCAACAUCCACGUCAUCGAACUUUAGACCAAUCACAGUCCACCCAAAGAUCACGUGACAUUCACCCUCCAGUACUAAAGGAGACUACAGGGAACUACGAGCCCCCUCGCCAGCCAUAUCGGACCGGCCCGGGAGAGUAUGGCUUAGGGGUUCUUCUUAAUCAUAACGAGAAGCAUCUUUAUGAUAAGGCUUUCGAGGAAUAUGGAUUCAAUAUGGUGGUCAGUGAUCGGAUAUCGUUGGAUCGUAUCGUAGCAGAUCUCAGAGACAAGGAAUGCAAGCACUGGCAUUAUCCGACUAACUUACCAAACACGAGUGUAGUGAUUGUCUUCCAUCAGGAAGGCUGGUCAACAUUAAUUAGGACCAUUCACAGCAUCUUUAAUACUUCUCCGAAAGAGCUGUUAGCAGAGGUACUACUCGUCGACGACUACAGUGAUAAGGUCCACCUCAAGAAGAAAUUAGACGACUAUAUUCGCGACCCAAGGUUCUCUGGAAAGAUCCGCAUUGUCCGGAACAAGAAGCGAGAAGGUCUGAUCAGGUCCAGGACUAUUGGGGCUAGGAAAGCGAUAGGACAGGUCCUAACAUUCCUCGAUGCUCAUUGUGAAUGUGGACCAAACUGGCUUCCUCCUCUAUUGGCAGAAAUUGCAGUAGAUCGGUCCACGAUAGUUUGUCCGACCGUAGAUGCAAUCAGUUCUGAUACCUUCGCCUAUACAUCGCAGGGAGAUGGGCUCUGUCGCGGUGCUUUCGACUGGGAUUUCUGGUAUAAGAGAAUUCCUGUCAAACCUUACUGGCACAGGCUGGGAUUGAAACAAAGGAGUCAACCUUACCCCUCUCCCGUCAUGGCAGGAGGUCUACUGGCUCUAGAUCGGUCCUAUUUCUUUGAACUUGGAGGAUACGAUCCAGGAUUACAGAUCUGGGGAGGAGAGAAUUUUGAAAUUUCAUUUAAAGUUUGGAUGUGUGGGGGCUCUCUGAAGUUUGUUCCUUGUUCUCGAGUGGGUCAUGUCUAUCGGAAACAAGUGCCUUAUAGCUAUCCAUCGUCCGGUGUAGAGGGUGUAUCUGUCGUAGACUUGAAUUACAUGCGAGUUGCUGAAGUCUGGCUGGAUGAAUACAAAGACUCGUUCUACGCCACCAAACCCCUGCUGGAAGGCAAGCCAUGUGGCAACAUCAGCGAACAGGUCGAGUACAGAAAACAGAACUGCCCCAAGUCAUUCAAAUGGUUCAUGGAAGAAAUUGCCUUCGACAACUUACAAGAAUACCCACCACCAGCCAAGAAUAAGAUUUGGGGAGAGAUUCGAUCUGUCGACUCGGAGCUUUGCUUGGAUACCAACGGUGCCCAGAAUGACCCCACCCAUGCCACGAUGGGUAUGGAAGGGUGCCAUGGUAUGGGUGGUAACCAGCUCUUCCGUAUUAACACCAGAGGACAGUUAGUAGUAGAAGAUGGAUUCUGUUUAUAUGCGAGACCUAAUACAGAAAAGCUCAUCUUCGCCAAAUGCACUGCGGAGAAGUCCUUCACAUCAGAAACCACGAUGUGGGAUUACGACUCGGAUCGACAGAUUAUACAUUUGGAGAGAAGAAAGCGAUGUCUGGAUCAUAAUCAAGAAACAAGCAAAGUUUUCGUCACCCCAUGUCAACAUGGUGAAAUAUCACAACAAUUUAAAUUUUACAAAGAAGAAAUCCGCUGAUAACAGCUCAUAGCUUGAUUUUUAUGUGUAGAAAAUAUAAAUUUGAAACUGUGUGGUAAGAUGGAUUGAACAGGAACAAGAAUGUUAAGAAAAUAUGUUGUUAAAAAAAAAACAGAUUUCAGGAAUUAUGCGGAUGAAAAAGGUCUACAUCAAUCCCGGAGAUAAAAGAUGUGUCAAAGCGCCUUUUCAAUUUUUGUUUCUAUUCGCUUCGAUUUUCCUGUUCACCCCGUUUUACAAUAUUUAUGACUUUUUAAAUAUUAUUAUUUGAGAUUGUUCGGCGGGCCUAAACUUAGUUUACAACACAUUCUACUUUAUAGUGUGCUCUUCCAAACUGUAACGUUUGCUUUUGUAAAAAAUACGACGUAAGUAAAAAAAACAAAAAAAAAAAACAUGAAUUUAUAUUUUUUUUUGUAUUUUGUAUAUCAAUGAUGGUCUUUAUUAUCAAUCGAAUGUUUGCUAUUUGUUCUUAAAUUCAUAGAAUUCAACAAA